AUGUCUCCACUCUCCAUGACGUCAAAGCGGUAUAAAAUAUCUACUGUUAAGGGAAAAGAUUUGGCAAGGUAUCGACGUAUCGUGCACGAAACCUGUUCAUCACAGAGAGGGAAGCAAUUGCAGGUGGUGAAUUGGAUUAUGAUGAUGAAGAAGAGUGAUGGAGAGUUUUCUGAUAUUGCAGUUGUGAUUAUGGAUUCUUCUAAUGCAUCCAAUUCUAACAAAUCAAACACUACAUGUGGGUCAAUACUCCCUCAAUCUUCUAGUCUGACUCAAACUAGAGAUCCAGCAUGGAAAUGGGCUACAUGCAAAGAUCCUGCAUUUCCGAAGAAACUAAGUUGUACGCUUUGUAACAAAGAAAUGUGUGGUGGUGGAAUUACUAGGCUUAAGCAGCAUAUCACACAAGUCAAAGGAAAUGUUUCAUCAUGUAUGAAAGCAACAGUUGAAACUAUAAAUGAAAUUAGACAAAAUGACAGUAUAAAGAAGUUAAAGAAAGCUCACAGGGAUAACGUUGAUGCUAUGUAUCGUCGCACACAAUAUGAUGAGAAGUCUGAUGCUGAUACUGAUGAUGAGGACCAUGAGGUACAAGAAGUUGAAAAGGAUUCUAAUGUGGGCAGUAGUAGUCAAGUAGUUGUUCAGAGUCAGAGUAAAAGAAAAUUCAAGAGCCAAAGUAGUUCUAGGGGUCCAAUGGAUUUACUCAUGCAGAGAGACCACCAGAAAACUCAGCAAGCCACUCUUGACAGAAACUGUUCAGCGAAAGAGAAGUUAAAGAAAGAUGCAUGGAAAAGCAUUUCAGCUUGGAUGACUGAGAACUCUAUAUCUUUUAAUACUGUUCGAUGUCCAAGUUUCCAACAAAUGAUCUAUGCAAUUGGUGAAUAUGUUAAAGCUAUGCCCGCGCCAUCUUAUCAUCAGAUUCGCACAAAUCUUUUCAAGGACCAGUUAGCAGAAACAAAGAAGUUUGUUGAUACAUUUAGGAUACAUUGGAAGAGGUAUGGAUGUUCUAUUAUGUCUGAUGGUUGGACAGAUGGGAAAAAGCGACAUCUUAUUAACUUUUUGGUGAAUUGUCCGAAAGGGUCAGUUUUCUUGAAGUCUGUAGAUGCGUCAAACAGAACCAAUGAUGCUGAUUUCAUACGUGAGCUUGUAAAGGAGGCUGGGAAAGAUUUAAUGCUUGAAUACCCGAAUCUAUUUUGGACUCCUUGUGGUGCUCAUUGUGUCCAGUUGAUGCUAGAAGAACUUGGUGACAAGCUUAUACGAAUCAAGACAGCCGUCAUUCUAGGUAAAAGACUUGUUACGUACAUUUAUGCUCAUUUUCAAGUAUUGUGCUUGAUGAGGGAGUUGACACGUUCAGACUUACAUAGGUCUACAAAGACUAGAUUUGCAACUCAGUAUUACACACUAAAAAGUCUUCAAAAGUAUAAAACUCCUUUACAAAUGGUGUUUGUGAAUGAUAGGUGGGCAAAAACUAGAUUUUCAAAAGAAACUCUUGGAAUUAAUGCACUUAAAAUUGUUACAAGUAGCACAUUUUGGGAAAAUGUUGAUUAUGCUUGUAGUGUGCUGAAGCCUUUAGUUAAGGUUGUAAGGUUGGUGGACAUCGAGCGAAAACCUACAAUGCCUUCUUUUUAUGAUAUAAUGAGGAUAGCAAGGAAUCAACUAGAGGAGAAAUUCAGUGAAGAUGAUGAUACGUGGGGUGUAAUUAAGGCUUGUUUUGAGAAAAGAUGGAAGAAUAACUUUAAUCAUGCUCUACAUUGUGCGGCAUACUAUUUGAAUCCUUCCAUAUUCUACACUAUUGAAGCUUAUGAAAUGGAUAGUGAUCCAAAGUACAUAAAAAUCAAAAGGGGACUUCAUAUAGCAAUGCAAAGGCUUAUACCCAAUGAAGAUGAACUUGAUGAUGCUACGGGUGAAUUGAGAAAGUAUGCUGAUGCUGUUGGGAUCUUGGGAACUCCGCCUUGCAAAAGAAAAAGAAAUAAGGAUCAACCUCAUGAAUGGUGGAUUACAUUUGGAGGAAUCGAUGCGCCAAACCUACAAAAAUUUGCAAUCAGAGUAUUGAGUCUUACUUGUUCUGCUUCCCCAUUUGCACUCGAAAAAACGAAAUCGCAUAACGCAACAUUGAAUGAUAGUGUUUUUAUCCAGUAUAAUAAGAAAUUGCAGCGUCGUUACCUAGAAAUCCAACAAUAUAACGAUAAUGAUAAAGCUAAUGAUCCUAUUUUUCUGGAGGAGCGUGAUGAAAAUGAUGAAUGGUUGGAGUUACGAAAUUUGAAUGACUUGGAGGUUCAUGGUGAUUAUGUAACUUUUGAUGAUUUGCAAGAGAUAGUUAGUGAAGAACGUGGGACUGUUGGUAGUAAAGGUGCCAGUAGUUCUCGAAGUAAGUCUACGUAUCCAACUAACUCGGAGUAUGAUGGAUAUGAUACUGAUGACUUGAUGUUGGACACUCAAAAUGGGCUACUCGGUGGUGUCGGGAAUGAUGGAGUUACUUUAGAUGAUGAUAUCUAUGAUGAAUCAAAUUAUAUUGAUUAG